AUAACCUGAUUAGCGGAAAAUGAGAUGGGGCCUUUUAGAAAAAUGUAGUUUUUUCAACAUUCAUGCAUAUUUUUGUAUGGCUAUUGUAUGUUUCAGAAAGAAUAAGCUCUUAUACACUAAAAUCAGCAAAAACCUGAUUUGUUUACAUUUUGGACUUGAGGCCUUUUGAAUUGUUAGUCUUGAAACAUUGUGCGCACCCAAAGUGUCAAACGAGUGCAAAUCCGCGAAAAUAACGUAAAUUUUGGUAGAAAACUAUGCCAAAACCGUGUGAAAAGUGUUGCAAAACCUAGAUGUUGUGCCGAUGCAGUGUAAUCAAGUGGAAUUCCUCAUGAAAAAGUGAAAUUCGCGUCGGAAAGCGCAUUUUUCACCUGCGCCAUCGGUGGUGCUUUCGGCCGGGAGUGCUAGCGCUACUGCUCGGCGGUUUCAUCGACUUUUGGGUGGGGGGAACGGUUGUUCGUCGAUUGUUUUUAUCCGGCUGUUCGUUGGCAAAGUUAUUAGUGAUUGUAUGUGUUAAAUUGCGAUCAUGUCGACGGUGGUGCUACAGUUCGUGAGUGGGCUGAAAAGCCGCAACAAGGAUGCACAGAAUAAGGCGGCCCAGGAACUGUCGCUGUACGUCAAGACGGAACUGCGCGAGAUUCCGCAGGAUGAUCUGCUGGCGUUCUUCGAGGACUUCAACCAGUACAUUUUUGAGAUGUUGUCCAGUGCCGACAUCAACGACAAGAAAGGAGGCGUGCUGGCCAUUAAUUGCUUGAUAAGUGGCGAUGUGGUCAACACGACGACUCAGAUUUCCCGUUAUUCGAACAAUCUCCGGAAUCUGCUUCCGUCGAGUGACAUUUCGGUGAUGGAGCUGGCAGCGAAGGUGCUCGUCAAGUUAGCCCUGCUACCCGGCUCCAAGGGCGCCGAGUCGUUCGAGUUCGACAUCAAACGUGCCUUCGAGUGGCUGAUGGAGGAACGAACCGAGGGCAAACGCCAUGCCGCCGUUUUGGUGCUGCGUGAACUGGCCGUGGCCAUGCCGACGUUUUUCUACCAGCAAGUUGGAAGCUUUUUCGAGCACAUAUUCGUCGCCAUCAAGGAUCCCAAGCCGAUGAUUCGGGAGGGAGCUGGUCAAGCCUUGCGGGCUGUAUUGAUUGUCACUUCGCAGAGAGAGGGAACCAAGCAGAAUAAUAAUCCACAAUGGUACAACCACUGUUACGACAACGCAAUGGAAUGCUUCAGGGAGCUUCCUUCCCGCGAGAAAGGUUUCAACCGAGAUGAUCGCAUCCACGGAGCAAUAAUUGUGUUCAAUGAAAUCUUACGAUGUUCAAAUGCAGCCUGGGAGAAAAAGUACAUGCAGUUGGAAGGUUUGAACGUCGAUCGCAGGUCUCGGCACACGGAUGAAGGUCACAGCAUUUUCCCCCGGAUUCGUGUCCCGUUCAUGGACAAGCUAGGUGGAGGACAUAGCUCUGGAGCGUCUCGUACCAGUGAGGGAAGUGAUGUCAAAUUCUUCCGCCAGAAUAGCUCCAUUCAGGAGUCUGCAAUCUGCCGAGCGUUGACGAACGACAACUACGAAUUGAUUUGUCAGAAAGUGCUUGAGCAACGCAAUUCAAAGUCACCCUACGUGAUUCAGUCGCUGCUGACCAUUCUACCUCGAUUGGCCGCCUUCAAUCGCAGAGACUUUGUCAAUAACCAUUUGAAAACUGUCGUCAACUAUCUUAUCCUAACGAUUAAGAGCAAAGAAAAGGAACGGAAUCUGGCGUUCGUCACGCUUGGCUAUAUCGCCGUGGCAGUCGAGAAGGAUAUUGCCCCCUUCAGGACCAGGAUCAUCGAGGUGAUCACGGCUGCUCUGCCUCCAAAAGAAACCCCAAGCAAGAAGAAAGUCUGCGUCGAUCCGUCGGUGUUCAUGUGCAUCACCCUCUUGGGUCAUGCGUUAAAAAGUGCAAUUACAACCGAUGUCAAGAGCUUGAUCUUGCCAAUGCUUUCGACUGGACUGAGCACAGGGCUAACGGUGUGCUUACACGAGUUGAGCGAGAAUGUGCCGCAGCUGAGGCAGGAAAUUACCAGCGGACUGUUGAAGAUUUUGUCCUGCGUGCUGAUGAAUAAACCAUUGCCGCAGUUUAUACCCGGGCGGCCUCAAGGUGGAAUGAACACGAGCCUCUACGAGCAACAGAUUCAAGAUACGCCCACCACAGUGCUGGCCCUCCGCACUCUGGGAACCUUCAAUUUCGAAGGACACAGCUUGCUACCGUUCGUGCAACGAUGCGCCGAUCACUUUCUGCUCAGCGAGCAGCAGGAAAUUCGCAUCGAAGCCGUACAGACUUGUACGCUGCUGCUGAAGCUAGCUCUCCAAUCGGUCGAUUCGGCAGACGGAUCGGAAACCCUCACCCAGACCGUUGGAAGCGUGCUGGAGAAGAUUCUGAUCGUUGGUAUCACCGACGUUGAUCCGAAUGUGCGGCUGAGGGUGCUGAAAUCUUUGGAUGACAGCUUCGAUUCUCAGCUGGCGCAACCAUGGUUCCUGAGCUCGCUGUUGAUCACGAUGAAUGAUGAGGUGUUUGAAAUCAGGGAACUAGCGAUUAUCAUCAUUGGAAGACUGUCGGCCAUCAAUCCGGCUUACGUGAUGCCAAGCUUGAGGAAAACGAUGGUACAGAUCCUAACGGAGCUUGAACACUCCGGUAUGAGUAGAAACAAGGAGCAGAGCGCGAGAAUGUUGGAUCAUCUGAUAGUCAGCACUCCGAGGUUGAUAUCUUCCUAUAUGCGUCCGAUCUUGUCGAUCUUGGUUCCGAAAUUGAAAGAGCCUGAAUCGAAUCCGGGAGUGGUGUUGAAUGUGUUGAGAGCGAUUGGCGAUCUUGCUGAAGUCAAUGGCGGCCAUAACGUUUUGGAGAAAUGGUCCGAUGAGCUGCUGGCUACGUUGCUGGAAAUGCUAAGCGAUGCCGGAUCAACGGAAAAGCGCGGCGUAGCUUUGUGGACUCUUGGCCAAUUGGUCAGUGCCACGGGGCAAGCAGUCAAACCGUACCACAAAUAUCCCAAUUUGAUCGAUAUAUUGAUCAACUUUUUGAAAACCGAACAGCAACCGUACGUAAGGCGGGAAACGAUCCGUGUCCUCGGAUUGCUCGGUGCCUUGGAUCCGUACAAGCACAAGAUGAAUCGUGGCCUGAUCGACAGCCAGACCAACAAUAUCCUCAUUUCGAUUUCCGACAGCAAGACAGAGGAAUAUACCGAUUUGUCCACGUCGGAAAUGUUGAUCAAUAUGAACAAUCAGCUGGAGGAGUACUACCCCGCGGUGGCCAUUUCAACGCUGAUGAAGAUCCUUCGUGAUCCUACGUUAUCCUCGCAUCACACCAGCGUUGUCCAGGCGAUCACCUUUAUCUUCAAAAGUUUGGGUAUCAAAUGCGUUCCGUAUUUGUCCCAGGUCUUACCCAGUCUGCUCGGCAAUAUUCGCAAUGCCGAAAUGAACUUGAAGGAGUUUUUGUUCCAGCAGCUAUCGAUUUUGAUCGAGAUAGUCAAACAGCACAUCAUCAGCUUCAUGGAGGAAAUAUUCCAGCUGAUCAAAACGUUCUGGAACAGUAUCUAUCCUUUGCAACCGACUCUGAUCAUUUUGGUGGAAAAGAUCGCCAUCGCUUUGGGAUGUGAGUUCAAGAUCUAUCUUCCUCAGUUGAUGCCGCAGAUCUUGCGAGUUCUCCUUCACGAUGCGUCCACCCAUCGAAUAGUCACCGUCAAGCUCCUCAACGCUCUGCAGAAGUUCGGGAACAAUCUGGACGACUAUCUUCACUUGAUCAUUCCAGCCAUUGUUAAGCUGUUCGAACCGAUCGAAGUUCCUUACCAGGUGUCCCUUGCAGCCCUAGAAACCAUCAACUACCUUGCGGAGAUCCUUGAUUUCACCGAUUUCUCGUCGCGCAUCAUUCAUCCCUUGGUACGCGUCCUGGACAACCACCCGGGUCAGCUCCAAACGGCCGCGCUGCAAACCCUCUGCUCGAUCAUGAUCCAACUGGGCAAGAAAUACCUCGUUUUUGUCCCGCUAGUCAACCGGGUCAUGAUCAGGCACAAAAUAUCUUACACAGAGUACAACAAACUCCUCUCCAAGCUGCAAAGUCAGAGCACCCUCGCCCUGGACGAUGAAUUCCGACUGCGCCAAGCUCGGUUCAAGAAUCGCGAAAUGUCCCUCGCUGGGGACACCACCAUCCGCAAGUUGAACGUGUCCACCGCGGAUCUCCAGCUGGCGUUCAAAGCUAAUCGCAGGGUGUCCCGUGACGAUUGGCUCGAGUGGCUCCGUCGGCUCAGCAUUGGUCUUCUGAAGGAGUCCAAAAGCCCGGCGCUGCGAUCCUGCCGAACCCUGGCCCAAAACUAUCCCCAACUGUUGAAGGAUUUGUUCAACGCAGCCUUCGUCAGCUGCUGGACCGAUUUGCCCGAUAGUCUCAAAGAGGAACUAUCGUCCAGCUUGAGGCAGGCUCUGAUGGUGCCGGACCUUCCGGAAAUUACCCAAACCAUUCUCAACCUGGCCGAGUUUAUGGAACACUGCGAGAAUGAUGCGCUGAGGAUCGAUCCGAAGAUCUUGGGCGAGAGGGCCAUGGAGUGCCGAGCCUAUGCCAAGGCUUUGCACUACAAGGAGGAAGAGUUCCUGAACAUGAAGGACAAGGAUCAGAGCGUGUUCGAGUCGUUGAUUUUGAUCAACAAUAAGCUGCAGCAGAAGGAAGCGGCUGAGGGGCUGCUGGAGUACGCCAUGGAACACAGGAGCGCUUCUGAGGAAAUGAAAGUCCAGGUGAGGUGGUACGAGAAGCUGCACAGCUGGGAGAAAGCAUUGAACUUGUAUCAGGACAAAUUGGAGAGCAAUCCGGGUGAUCUGGACUCGAGACUUGGUCAGUGGAGGUGUUUGGAAGCGCUAGGGGAGUGGUCAACGCUGAAUACGCUGACCAAGGAGACGUGGGAAUCGCUGGGAACCGAAGGACAGAGUAAGGCCGGUAGACUUGCUGCCGCUGCAGCCUGGGGUUUGAAGGAUUGGGAGGGAAUGCAGGAGUUUGUCAAGUUCAUCCCGGAGGACACGCAGGACGGGUCGUUCUAUCGUGCCGUACUGGCUGUGCAUCACGGUGAGUAUGAACUUGCCCAAACCCUAAUUGACGAUACGAGAGACUUGUUGGAUACGGAAUUGACCGCGAUGGCCGGCGAAUCGUACGAACGCGCGUACGGAGCAAUGGUUUGCGUUCAAAUGCUGUCGGAAUUGGAAGAAGUCAUUCAGUACAAGCUGAUUCCCGAGCGGCAGGAAACUAUCAAGGCAAUGUGGUGGGAUCGCUUGCUCGGUGGCCAACGUUUGGUGGAAGAUUGGCAACGAAUUUUGCAGGUUCAUACUUUGGUUGUCCACCCCGCAAAUGACGUCAAAACGUGGCUGAAGUUUGCCUCACUCUGUCGCAAGAGUGAUUCGUUGAAACUUUCCGAGAAGACCCUCGUCAUGCUGCUUCGCUACAAUCCCUCGGAGUACCCGGAUCAUCCGUUGGAAUUCAUGCAACCAGACAUCAGCUUUGCCUACGCGAAACAUCUGUGGGCAGCUGGCGAGCAAGAAAAGGCUUACAAUCAACUUAAUCGACUAGUCGCCGAUAUGGGCAUCGAGGGUAACUUCGACGUAGAGGAAAAGGACGAAAACCGUCGUCUGUUGGCGCGUUGCUACAUGAAGCUCGGACAAUGGCAGAACCAACUACAAGGACUCAACGAGCAAUCCAUCAAGGGCAUCCUGGCAUGCUACGAAAAAGCUACCAAACACGACUCUAAUUGGUACAAGGCAUGGCAUCUCUGGGCCUACAUGAACUUUGAAGUUGUCCAGAACCAGAAACAACAGGAAGACCUCAUCAAGAACCCUGGCGGAGACAAGGAGAAGUGUAUGAUUCGGCAGUAUGCCGUUCCAGCGGUUGAAGGCUUCUUCCGCUCGAUCAAUCUGUCACACGGAAACUCCCUCCAAGACACACUCCGUCUCCUAACCCUCUGGUUCGACUACGGACAGUAUCCCAAGGUGUACGAAGCCCUGGUCGAAGGAAUGCGCGUCAUUGAAAUCAACACAUGGCUUCAGGUCAUCCCUCAGUUGAUCGCCCGCAUCGAUACUCCGCGCAACCUAGUUGGCCAACUAAUCCACCAGCUGUUGAACGACAUCGGAAAGUGUCAUCCGCAGGCUCUUGUCUAUCCGCUGACCGUUGCUUCCAAUUCGGCAUCCAGUGCGCGACGACAGGCCGCUCACAAGAUCUUGGGCUCCAUGGGUGAACAUUCGUCCAACUUGGUCAACCAAGCGAUCAUGUGCAGCGAGGAACUGAUCCGCGUGGCCAUUCUGUGGCACGAACAGUGGCACGAGGGCUUGGAGGAGGCGUCGCGGCUGUAUUUCGGCGACCGGAACAUCAAGGGAAUGUUCGAAACUUUGGAACCGCUGCACCAAAUGCUUCAGAGGGGACCUCAAACCUUGAAGGAGACCUCGUUCAAUCAGGCGUACGGUAGGGAUCUGAACGAGGCGCAGGAGUGGUGCAAACAUUAUAAGAACUCGGGCAACAUUCGUGACUUGAACCAAGCGUGGGAUUUGUACUAUCACGUAUUCCGCCGAAUUUCCCGGCAGUUGCCGCAGCUUACCUCCCUAGAACUACAAUACGUCAGUCCUAAGCUGCUAGCCUGUCGUGAUCUAGAGCUAGCCGUCCCCGGAAGCUACGCCCCCGGUCAGGAGCUGAUCCGAAUCGCCAGCAUUCAAUCGAACCUCCAGGUGAUCACUUCGAAGCAAAGACCGCGAAAACUUUGCAUCCGUGGCUCCAACGGCAAGGAGUACAUGUUCCUGCUGAAGGGCCACGAAGAUUUGCGCCAGGACGAACGCGUGAUGCAGCUGUUUGGGCUGGUGAACACCCUGCUGCUAAACGAUCCGGACACGUUCCGUCGGAAUCUGACCAUUCAACGGUACGCAGUCAUUCCGUUGAGCACCAAUUCCGGCUUGAUCGGUUGGGUGCCCCACUGCGAUACGCUGCACACGCUGAUUCGAGAUUACCGCGAGAAGAAAAAGACCAUGCUGAACAUCGAGCAUCGGAUUAUGUUGCGAAUGGCAACGGAUUACGACCAUCUGACGUUGAUGCAAAAGGUCGAAGUCUUUGAGUAUGCGUUGGAGCUCACCAAAGGAGACGACCUGGCCAAGCUGCUCUGGCUGAAGAGCCCCUCGUCGGAGGUUUGGUUCGAUAGAAGAACGAAUUAUACGCGAUCCCUUGCGGUCAUGUCGAUGGUUGGCUACAUUCUGGGACUGGGCGAUCGACAUCCGUCGAACUUGAUGCUGGAUCGAUUGAGCGGCAAAAUUCUGCACAUCGACUUUGGCGAUUGCUUCGAGGUUGCGAUGACCCGCGAGAAGUUCCCGGAGAAGAUUCCCUUCCGUUUGACGCGAAUGCUGAUCAACGCCAUGGAAGUUACCGGCAUCGAGGGAACCUACCGCCGGACGUGUGAAAGCGUCAUGCACGUGCUCCGUCGCAACAAGGACAGUCUAAUGGCCGUGCUGGAAGCUUUCGUAUACGAUCCAUUGCUCAACUGGCGCCUGCUGGAUGUGGACAAGAAUCGCAGGUCCAAGAAUGCCACCGACGUGGACAGCACAACGGAAAGCAUGGAAGAAACGUUGGAUCUUCUGAUCAACGCCAGAAACCUGCGGAUGAACGAAGCCAACGGAGGCGGAGACGUGGUGGAUCAGGGCAGCAAUUGCAUCGCCAAUCCGGCCGAAGCUACCAACAACAAAGCCCGGGCCAUCGUGGAUCGUGUGAAGCAGAAACUGACCGGAAAGGACUUCAACACAGUUGAACCGGUGCAACGGCAGAUCGAUCUGUUGAUACGGCAGGCGACGAACAAUGAAAACCUCUGCCAGUGCUACAUCGGGUGGUGUCCUUUCUGGUAGACACCGGAAAUCGUGCUAAGUUUGCAAUUAUACAUAUUAUAUCAAUUUCUAAAUGCUUGUGCUGCUUUCGGCACCCAUUAUGAUAUCUGUCGAUGUGGGAAAAUUAUGACUAUUAAGAUUUGAGUUGUGCGAAAUCAAUAAACAACAAACACCUAUAUUAUAUUAGAACCUAAGCAAGGGAAAGUUAAAUGUUUAAAUCAGCAUUACUGCAGAAGUUUACCAAACCUUAUUUUGUAUUUAGCUUGUAGAAUACGACAACAAACAAAUAUACGGUUCAGCUUAUGCAG